GACUCGAGUCCUGUCGGCGACACUCUCCACUCUCGACUCUCGAGUAACGACGAUAUCAGCUCCGAGAAACGGGACUGUAGUAGAAAGUCCACCGACUCUCUCUCCCGCUGAAACCACGAUGCAACGAUGAAGACUCUGUGUUGACACUUUUAGCUUGAUCUCACCGUCAAAAACCUUGCUAAGAUGGGAUCUGUCUCCCUCAAGAUCGGCGACGGAACCGCCAGAUUCCGACGAACAUCCGUCUGCUCCUCCGCCGUAAACCUCCUCAUGCUCUUCUCCGUCGUCACCACCAACCUCUUCGCCCUAUACGCCUUCUCCUCCCACUCCCAAUCCUCCUCCCACCCGCUCCACCACUCCAACAACAUCUCCCUCGUCUCCCAGCACCUCUCCCUCAUCCUCCGAGAGAUCGACACCUCCCAGCGAAAGCUCGCGCAGAUGGAGAAACAGAUCCUCGGCUACGAGUCCAUCGACCUCUCCCGUCCCAACAUCGUCCCUGAGCUCAAACUGUUCCUCCUACGCCACCAGCUCCCUCUCGGUAAAGACUCCAGGACCGGGAUCACCGAGAUGGUCUCCUCCGUGGGCCACUCCUGCGAAAGAUCUCCGGAUUUGCUGUCGCAGUACAUGUCUUACAAAGUGUUCGACAGGUGUCCUGAUGACUGGAGCCUCGGCCAGAAGCUGAUCCUCCGCGGAUGCGAGCCCCUGCCGAGGAGACGAUGCUUGGCGAAAACUGUCGCCAAGCAAGAUCUCAAACCGUUUCCUGAAUCUCUAUGGAGGCCUGUUGGUAACAAGAGCGUUAACUGGAGCGGGCUCGGAUGCAAAGGCUUUGAUUGUUUGAAAGGCAAGAAGCUCGGCUCGGAUUGCGUCGGCUGCUUCGAUCUAGGUAGCGAGAAAGAUCGGUUCGUCAAGGUUAAGGGGAAGAACGACUUCUUGGUUGACGAUGUGUUGGGUUUAGCCAAUGGGAAGAUCCGGAUCGGGUUCGAUGUUAGUGGUGGUUCGGGGACUUUCGCGGCGAGGAUGGCUGAGAGGAACGUGACUGUGAUCACCAACGCGUUGAAUAACGGCGGUCCGUUUAGCGAGUUCAUAGCUGCGAGAGGGGUUUUCCCGUUAUUCUUGAGUUUGGACCAUAGGUUCCCUUUCCACGACAAUGUGUUCGAUCUUGUUCACGGUUCUAGCGGGUUGGAUGUUGAAGGGAAACCCGAGAAGAUGGAGUUCUUGAUGUUUGAUCUUGAUCGGGUUUUGAAACCCGGUGGGUUGUUCUGGUUGGAUAACUUCUACUGCGCUAGUGACGUGAAGAAGAAGGAGCUGACGCGUUUGAUCGAGAGGUUUGGGUAUAAGAAGCUGAAAUGGGUUAUUGGAGAGAAGGCUGAUGGGCAAGGGAAUCUCUCUGCUGUUCUGCAAAAGCCGGUGAGGGUUUGAUCGUAAUUGGUAAGAGUGUUACGUUGAUCAUAGAAUUAUACAGAAUUGGAGGUGAUCAUUUAUAUCAAGAAGAAUAAGCACAUCAAGUCAUGUCGAUUAUUUAUUUACCAGGCUAUUGGAGAAAAUCAUUUGUAUAAGCUUUUCAGUACUGUUUUUAUUUUAUUUUGUAAUUUUGACCAUUACAAUUACUUCUUUUUGCGAUUACAUCUAAUAUAUGAUAGCUUAUAUA